AUCCCCGGGGGCCGCGUCGCCUCUCCGUGCGGCCUCGGGCCUUCCGUUCGGGCCUCGCCGUCCCUCCGCCGCCAUGUCCAUUUCCAACCCGCCGAGCAGCAACGACGCUUGCCUCAGCAUCGUCCACAGCCUCAUGUGUCACCGGCAGGGGGGCGAGAGCGAGACGUUCGCCAAGCGGGCCAUCGAGAGCCUGGUGAAGAAGCUGAAGGAGAAGAAAGACGAGCUGGAUUCGCUCAUCGCCGCCAUCACCACCAACGGCGCCCACCCGAGUAAAUGCGUGACCAUCCAACGGACGUUGGACGGGCGGCUGCAGGUGGCGGGGAGGAAAGGCUUCCCUCACGUCAUCUACGCCCGCCUGUGGCGUUGGCCCGACCUGCAUAAGAACGAGUUGAAGCACGUCAAGUAUUGCCAGUACGCCUUCGAUCUCAAGUGCGAUAGCGUGUGUGUCAAUCCGUAUCACUAUGAGAGGGUCGUCUCGCCCGGCAUCGAUCUGUCCGGGCUGACCCUGCAGAGCUCUGCCCCGUCCAGUUUGUUGGUGAAGGACGAAUACGUCCCCGACUUCGAAGCUCAGCCCUCCCUCUCCUCCACCGACGGCCAUUCGGUUCAGACCAUCCAACACCCACCGGGCGGUAGAGCUCCCGCUGAGGCCUACAGCGGCGCUACGGAAACCGGAGCCGCCAACUUCCCUUCUAUCCCGGUGGCGUCCAGCAGCCAACCCCCCACCGUAUUACCGGGCGCCCAUAACGACUCUCUCCUCCCGUUGGCUCCGGGACCGCAGGCGGCGGCGGCGGCGGCGGCGGCGGCGGCGGCUCAGAACGGUUUCCCGGCCCAACCGGCGACCUAUCACCACAACAGCGGCGGUAACGGAGGGUGGAGCGGAAGCCGCGGCGCGGCGUAUCCUUCCGCCAUCCCUCACCAUCAGAACGGUCACCUGCAGCACCACCCCCCCCUCCACCCGGGGCAUUACUGGCCGGUGCACAACGAGCUCGCCUUCCAACCGCCCAUCUCCAACCAUCCUGCCCCGGAAUAUUGGUGUUCCAUCGCCUAUUUCGAGAUGGACGUUCAGGUCGGGGAGACCUUUAAGGUCCCUUCCAGUUGUCCCGUGGUCACCGUGGACGGUUACGUGGAUCCGUCGGGAGGCGACCGCUUCUGUUUGGGGCAGCUGUCCAAUGUCCAUCGCACCGAAGCCAUUGAGAGAGCACGGUUGCACAUCGGGAAGGGGGUGCAGCUGGAGUGCAAAGGGGAAGGGGACGUGUGGGUGAGGUGCCUGAGCGACCACGCCGUGUUCGUGCAAAGCUAUUACCUGGAUCGGGAAGCCGGGAGGGCGCCGGGGGACGCCGUGCACAAGAUCUAUCCCAGCGCUUAUAUUAAGGUGUUUGAUCUGCGACAGUGCCACAGACAGAUGCAACAACAGGCAGCCACGGCGCAGGCAGCGGCAGCGGCGCAGGCAGCGGCCGUAGCCGGCAAUAUCCCCGGGCCGGGCUCUGUGGGUGGCAUCGCGCCGGCAAUUAGCCUCUCCGCCGCCGCCGGCAUCGGAGUCGACGACCUCCGCCGCCUCUGCAUCCUCCGCAUGAGCUUCGUCAAAGGUUGGGGCCCCGAUUACCCCCGGCAGAGCAUUAAGGAGACGCCGUGUUGGAUCGAGAUCCACCUCCACCGCGCCCUCCAACUCCUCGACGAGGUCCUGCACACCAUGCCCAUCGCCGACCCGCAGCCCUUGGACUGAAGCUUUUCUCGCCCUUCCGGGACCUGCGCUCACACGCGCUUUCCUCUCUCGUUCCCCUUCCGGGUCCUGGAAGGGCGCCGCGCCCGUUGCUUUCGGGUUUUUUUGGGGGUUUUUUGUUUUUUUUUUUUCCCUCUCUCCGUUGGGUUGGGGAGAAAUAAAAAGAGGAUUUGGUCUCA